UAUAAAAGCGACUGGAGUCGACGGUUAUUCAGUAUAUUCGAAUAAAGCGAAAAGUAAAAAUAAAAGUUACAGUGAAUCAAGUACAUUAUUAUCACAAAGUUUGAAAGUAUAAAUAAAUUCAGUGAAGUAAAAGUAUUUGGAAGUGAAUUAAAAUAAAAAAAAAAUGGUUAAAGCUCCAGCAAUUGGUAUUGAUUUGGGUACCACUUACUCAUGUGUUGGUGUGUGGCAACACGGAAAAGUUGAAAUAAUUGCUAACGACCAAGGAAAUCGAACAACCCCAAGUUAUGUGGCUUUCACAGAUACAGAACGUCUCUUGGGGGAUGCGGCGAAAAAUCAAGUCGCAAUGAAUCCCAGUAAUACCGUCUUUGAUGCAAAACGUCUUAUCGGAAGAAAAUACGAUGAUCCGAAAAUUAAACAAGACAUUCAACACUGGCCAUUCAAAGUUGUUAACGAUUGUGGUAAGCCUAAAAUUCAAGUAGAGUACAAGGGAGAGCGAAAAACUUUUGCUCCCGAAGAAAUUAGUUCGAUGGUGCUUACAAAAAUGAAAGAAACUGCAGAAGCUUAUUUGGGAACUUCAGUCAGAGAUGCUGUUAUCACCGUACCAGCUUAUUUCAACGAUUCUCAAAGACAGGCAACAAAAGAUGCAGGUGCUAUAGCCGGAUUAAACGUUUUACGAAUUAUAAAUGAACCCACAGCAGCAGCAUUAGCAUAUGGACUAGACAAAAAUUUGAAAGGUGAGAGGAAUGUCCUUAUAUUCGAUUUGGGUGGAGGCACUUUUGAUGUAUCCAUCCUAACAAUAGAUGAAGGUUCCUUAUUUGAAGUAAGAGCAACAGCAGGUGAUACCCAUCUAGGAGGAGAAGAUUUUGAUAACAGAUUAGUGAAUCACUUUGCUGAAGAAUUUAAAAGGAAAUUUAGAAAAGAUCUAAAAAGUAAUCCAAGAGCACUUCGAAGACUAAGAACUGCCGCAGAAAGAGCUAAACGUACCUUAUCAUCUAGUUCUGAAGCAACUAUUGAAAUUGAUGCACUUUUCGAAGGUAUUGAUUUCUAUACAAAAAUAAGCCGGGCAAGAUUUGAAGAAUUGUGCUCUGAUUUAUUCAGAGGAACGCUUCAACCAGUUGAGAAGGCUUUAAACGAUGCUAAAAUGGAUAAAGGACAAAUCCAUGAUAUAGUAUUGGUUGGAGGCUCUACAAGAAUUCCAAAAAUUCAACAACUGCUUCAAAACUAUUUCAACGGAAAAUCUUUGAAUUUAUCCAUCAAUCCAGAUGAAGCUGUAGCAUAUGGAGCAGCUGUCCAAGCAGCAGUUUUGAGUGGUGAAUCUGAUUCCAAAAUUCAAGAUGUCUUAUUGGUUGAUGUAACUCCACUAUCUCUUGGUAUAGAAACAGCAGGGGGAGUUAUGACGAAGAUCAUCGAAAGAAAUGCAAGAAUUCCAUGCAAACAAACACAGACAUUUACUACCUACGCAGAUAACCAACCAGCAGUCACAAUUCAAGUAUUUGAAGGUGAAAGGGUCAUGACGAAAGACAAUAACAUGUUAGGAACGUUUGAUUUGACUGGCAUUCCUCCUGCGCCACGUGGAGUUCCAAAAAUUGAAGUCACUUUCGAUUUAGAUGCAAACGGUAUAUUAAAUGUUUCCGCAAAAGAUACAAGCUCUGGAAACUCCCGCAAUAUUACCAUCAAGAAUGAUAAAGGACGUCUCUCGCAAAAAGAUAUUGACAGAAUGGUUUCGGAGGCUGAAAAAUACAAGGAAGAAGAUGAACGCCAAAGACAGAAAAUCGCUGCUAGGAAUCAAUUAGAAGGUUAUAUUUUCCAAUUGAAACAAGCUAUCCAAGAUUGUGGAGAUAAACUAUCAUCUGAAGAUAAAUCAGUUAUUGAAAAUGAAUGUGACAGCUGCUUGAAAUGGUUAGACAGCAACACUUUGGCUGAUAAGGAAGAGUAUGAAGAGAAACAAAAAGAAUUAACCAAAGUAUGUAGUCCUAUAAUGGCCAAAUUAUACCAAGGAAAUCAAAAUAAUAACCAAUUUUCAAGUGGAAUGUCCGGUAGCUGUGGUCAACAAGCUGGUGGAUUUGGAGGAAGACAGGGUGGUCCGACCAUUGAAGAAGUUGAUUAGAGCUAUUAAAUUGUAUUUAUUAUGUUUUCGAUAAAGACUGAUUUUUGUAAAUAUUAUUUUGUUGUAUCUGUUUUUUGUUAAGACUGAUUUUUGUAUAUAUUAUUUUGUUGUAUAUAUUAAACAAUAAAUUAGUUUUUAAA